AUGUAAUGUUCUCAAAAGGCAAUUGAUGGAUACAUAAAACUAUUGCCAUCUGAUUAAAAAAGUAUCCAUCCCUAUGUUUCUUUAAUUUAUCUUAUUUAAUGUUAAUCCUUUUAAUUUUUAAAUUAAAUACAGUAGGCCUAGCGUUUAAUUGAUGAUACUGAAACUUGUCUCAAAGAGUGGUUUGACAUGAGAUAGCAUCCAUUAAAAGGAUUAUUCUUUUAUUAUUAAGGGGCUCAUUAUCGUUGGCUAUAUAAUUAAUAUUUAACAUGUGUUGAGGAAAUUAUAAACUUAUAGCAUUUUGAUCUUACAGAAAUAAAAUUUUUGGUACAAGGGUUAAUUAAUUAAGAAAAAUAAAUUAUAAAGACAUUUGAUUACUUUCACUCUAAUGUGAUAAAAUCUAUAAAAACUCAUUUAGAUAAUUUUAUCUAUUAAUCUGGUGGGAAACAUAAUCAAAAGAAAAUUGUUGAAGGAGUGACAAAAUAAGAAUCAAUUAGCAUUUUGGAUAAUAUGAUUUUAGCUAGUGCCAUAGGUUCUCUAAAUGGAAUUUCUUAAUUCUUAGAUGUAUCUAAUAAUAAAUAUAUCUAGGCUUUGGCAAUUUUUAAUCAUUUUGAAACUGAAAAUAAAUGCAUUGAUUUAAUUCGAUUUGCAUUAAUAACUUAAGAAAAAUAAUAUAAUAAAUGA